AUGACAUGCCCUAAAGUCUUAGGCACCCAUUUGGAAAACGAUCCUUCCCAUCUGUCUAGUUGUUCUUCUCAACCUCGAUUAAUCCCAGAUGCCUCCUGUUUACGCCACCCACCGCAUAUCAAUCGGCGUUUUACAAACAAGGCCAGACAAUCAGAAGAUAUUGGUCUUUUAAAGCCAAAAUUCCCUUUUCACUUAGCCGCGUUCAAUGUCCGCACGCUCUGUAAGAACAAACAUUGGUUCUGUCCUGUGAUGGAUGCAAUAAAUAAACUGGACGAAGUCGCAGUUUCCAAUUUUCGCACAUAUUUACGCUUUCGCACGGUUCACCCAAAUCCGAAUUAUGAACCAGCUGUCGCGUGGAUCCGCGAUCAGGCUGAUCAACUCGGUCUGACAAGCUUCCGCACAGAGAUUUUUAGUGGAAAUCCAAUUAUUGUUUUACGUUGGAUCGGCAGCGAACCGGAAUUGCCCAGUAUUUUGCUCAAUUCUCACAUGGAUGUGGUCCCAGUGGACGCGGCUAAAUGGUCUCAUCCACCAUUUGAUGCCACGCUGACUAACGACGGUUAUAUUUAUGCCCGGGGCGCUCAGGAUAUGAAGUGUGUCGGUAUACAACAACUGGAAGCCAUACGCCGACUGAAGGCACGUGGUAUUGCCCAACUGCGCCGUACUGUCUAUUUGACAUUUGUCCCCGACGAAGAGUUGGGCGGUAAGUUGGGCAUGCGACCGUUUGUGGCCGGGGAGAAACCGACCUCGGAUCAGCUAGCCAAUGAAAUCGAUUUCAUUGAUUUGAAUGUGGGAUUCUGUCUGGAUGAGGGUUUGCCCAGUCCGUCAGACUCGUAUUUAGCAUUCUACGAUGAGCGUCGACCGUGUUGGAUGACUGUGCGCUUCGAGGGCUCCGCUGGACACGGAUUGACUCUACUGGACAAUACGGCCGGAGAGAAAUUUCAACGGUUCCUAGAUCGGUAA